AUGUCUUUGCCAAAUGAUGUCAGGACAGAAGGCAUACUCCUGGAAGAUGAUGAGCGAGACAGCAUAGAGUACAAGAUCCUCAUGGCCUACGCCCGGCGGCGGCUGCCUGCCAGCAAAUACUGGAAACUCUUGAAAAAUGAAGCUAAUGUGCAGAAAUCAUCAUCCUUAGCUGGGAGAGGAGUAACAAGCAACCACCAAAGGGAUAAAGAUGAACCACUCUACCGAUUCCCAACAAGGAGGGCAGGUGGCCAGAUCUUCAGUAGUACUUCCACGCACAGGAUUCAUGCUUGUGAACCAGCAGACGUGGGUCACAUUGCAGACAAACUCGCCAAGCUUGUUACUGUUGCCCCCAGAUCCUGGCAAUUUCCUGUGGCCGAGUACCAAGGUGCACCUCUGCAGGAAGACAAAGGUGAAUCUACUGCUGGAAGUGAGGCUAAGAAACACAAUGAAGUUCUAAUACGAUCAAUAGUUUCACUGUUAAGACAAAAAGGGGACCAGCUGGAAGAAGAGAUGAAAAGAAAUGGAGGUUUCUAUCAGUGUUUUCAAGACACACUGUCCUACAACUUCUUCAAGAAGAUCACUGAUCGGUUCCUGAGAGUUGUCCCAGCAAAUUCACCAGGAGUAACAGCAGGCCAAGCGCAGCGCUUGAGAAUUGCCUAUACAAUGGAAGUUGCCACCAGAUUGAAUGCUGUUGACAACCAUCCCAUGAACCUGGUCUUGGGCUUUGGAUCAAAGUACCUCAGAGAACACUUCAAGCCGUGGAUUCAGGACCAGGGUGGCUGGGAGAAGGCUGUGAUUUCACUGGAUGAGGAAGAAGUGGAGUAA